AUGUUCUUUUUACUCGUGGCUGGCUGGAUCGUCAGUGGAUAUGCUCUCUAUGAGCUAGAUGUUCCGCGCAGUCAUGUACCGUUGUGGGCUCGAUUGAAUGACAGUCUCCUGGAGGAGUGUCACCGGGAUGCUCAGUGUCAGGCUGUCCUGUCCGAGAACAGAUGCUGGGGCUAUGAAGAGAGCUGCGACAUCAAUAAUCGCUUCCACAAGUUCGAAUGCUCUGGAUCAGAUAAAGGCUGGACCAGUGGAGGAGGUAGAGAGGCACAGGAGCGCGAGUUCUUCAAAACCGCAGAUUUCGGCUAUAUCCGAGAGAAUCUGCGAGAAAUGUCCAUCGUGUGCCGAGGAUCAGAAUUGGGCGAUAGUGUGCUAGAGUGUGUCGAUAACGCGAGACUAUGUCGUUUACGAAACGUGUUCAUCAACUUCUCCAAGCUGAAGUCACUCAAGCCUCCAGUCAAAUACCGAGACGAUAUUCUCGGUUCGGGACUUAUCGGAGGUCACUGCAGACUGAAUCUCGCCCGAUGGAGAUCGCUCGGACAACACAAGGGCGUCUUACAGUCUUGGUAUCCCGAGUUGCAACACUUCACCGUCUUCCACGAGCAACUCAAUUCGGAGAACUGCGGCUUGGUCAUAGAGGAGCCGACAAUGGUAGUGAAACUCGAUGCAACUGUAAAUAUGUAUCAUCACUUCUGCGAUUUCGUCAAUAUUUACGCAUCUCUCCACUUCAAUGGAAGCGCCUACAAAGACGUCAACGUCAUCAUCUGGGACGGGUAUCCCUAUAGGAGCAACUUCGAAAUCAUGUGGAAGACUAUCACUAACAAACCUCUGCGGUAUAUCGCCGAAUUCAAAGACCAGGGAAGGAUUUGCUUCAAAAAUUUAAUGAUGCCAUUCCUGCCGCGAAUGAUUUUCGGACUCUACUACAAUAUGCCAUUGAUCCCUGGUUGCCAAGGGAGCGGUCUAAUGAAAGCUUUCAGGGAACAUACACUCCACCGUCUGAACGUUCCGAUAGAGAGACCUACGCGGAAGCUCCGAGUUACAUUCCUGACGAGAAGCACAGAUACCAGACGAAUACUUAACGAAGAUGAGCUCUUCGAUGCCUUGAAUAAACUCGAGGACCUUCAGGUCAUGAAAGUAGACUUCAAUUUCAAGAUGGACUUCCUCAAACAAAUCAGCAUAAGUGCCAACACCGACAUCUUCAUAGGGAUCCACGGUGCUGGUUUGACGCACGUGCUGUUCUUACCCGAAUGGGCUGCUCUUUUCGAAGUGUAUAAUUGUGGCGACACAAGCUGCUACUCGGAUCUCAGUCGACUGGCCGGCAGGGCAUACUUCACUUUGACUGAUCUGUCGAAAAUGGAAUCGGUUGCUGGCGAUGACGAGAAACACAAGGGACACGAGAAAUUCGCCAACUAUAGAUUUGACAAGGACCAUUUCGUACAAAUUGUCGAGCGGGCCGUCGAUAAAGUGAAACGAAAUCUGGGAGAUAGGCGGACUCCAAUUCAUGAUGAGAUGUAA